UUGUCUUUUGUAUUUUUCCCAUUCACAGAAAAAAUUAAUUGAACAUAAUUUGGUAUUUUUGGAAUGAAAUGCCUCAAUUUAGUCAAUUUACAACUUGAGAUUCUUGCCAUUCAUUUACUGUGAAGUUGGUUUAUCUUCUUGGCCUCUCUGUGAUGUUAUGCUGAUACUGUGUUUAAUGUUUAUAGAGCCUUUGAGUUAAUCUCUCUCUCUCUCUCUCUCUCUCUCUCUCUCUCUCUCUCUCUGUGUGUGUGUGUGUGUGUGUGUGUGUCUCUCUCUCUGUCUGUCUCUCUGUGUCUGUGUGUGUGUGUGUCUCUCUCUGAUUGUCCAUGCUUUUGUUAUGUUCUCUAUAACCCUUUCCUCACUAGUCUUGAUUUCAAAGGAGAAUUUUAUACCAUUAUUUGCAGAUAUUGAGAGAGUUGAUCCGACGCUGAAUUUUAUACUAUGUUUGAAUUGAAGUUAAUAUUACAGUGAAACAUAAUUCUACUUCGAUGAAUCUCUGUUGCUUUUCCAUUUAUUGCUGCAAAGUUUACCGAUUAAACCCUUGUUGGAGCAUUAUUUGGUAUAUCAAUUGUGCCAUUACACCAUCUAGAAAAUCAAUCAGAGGUAGCCAUGCUUAGUCCUGAAGGUGAACUGAAAAUAAGUUUCGGCUAUCAAUGCAAUAGCCACAAAGGCAUCCCUUGCAAAGUUGCCAAUGGCUGCAAAAUCAUUCCUGAAUUCCGAAGAACGAGCAGUUUCUCUUGCUUGUCAGGUGCUGCCAUAAGUGCAAACGCUACACUUGCCAACACAAACAUCUGCAAUGGUUUGAUAGGAGAAGAAAUCCUUCCGAAUUUGGACUCUCCUAAUUCAUUUCGGCGGGUACCCUCUUCGCCAAAUUUUGGAGACACGCUAUCAUCUUCUCUCCAUAGUAGUUUGUCAAACCUAAGUUGCAGCCCGUCCAGUCCAAGUAAUAUGCUUGAAAAUGACCCUUGUUCGUUAAGAUUCAUGAGCCCUCCUUCUAGAAGUGAUUGUUUCCAUAAUGCUACGGAAGUACAAGUAGCAGGAGGAGCUGCUGGCGAAGAUAGAGUUCAAGCAGUUUGUUCCGAAGAAAAGGGGUGGCUUUUUUGCGCAAUUUAUGACGGCUUUAAUGGGAGGGAUGCAGCGGACUUUCUUGCCUGUACACUUUAUGACUCUAUUGUAUCUUAUCUGAAUACAAUAGAUUGGGAUUCAGAACCAAAUUCCAUCAAGAAUGCUUCUGACAACGAGUGUUUGGAUGAUAGUCGUAUUCUUAAUGGGUGCCAAUCUUCAUCGAGUAAAUCAUUUUCGCAUGUGGUACUUGAUAACCUCAAACACAUUCUUAGUCAGGUUGAGAAUGAUUUCUUGUACAUGGUUGAGCAGGAAAUGGAGGAACGUCCAGAUUUAGUCUCAAUUGGAUCUUGUGUUUUACUCGUGCUUCUUCACGGGAAUGAUUUGUGUACACUCAAUCUAGGGGACAGUAGAGCAGUGCUUGCGACAUGCAGUACAAGUAAUGGAAUGAACGGGAAUGAGAGAUUGAAAGCUAUUCAGCUUACUGAUGGUCAUACUGUUGACAAUGAAGAUGAAAGAACUCAACUUCUUGCUAGUCAUCCUGAUGAUCCUAAGACCAUUGUAUCAGGGAGAGUGAAAGGCAAAUUGAAGGUUACGCGCGCUUUUGGAGUUGGCUACUUGAAAAAGAAAAUUCUGAAUGAUGCAUUAAUGGGAAUCCUUCGAGUUCGUGAUCUUAAAAGCCCACCAUAUGUUUCAACUGAACCAUCAUUGAAUGUGCAUAAAAUCUCUACUUCUGAUCAAUUCGUUAUAGUUGCAAGUGAUGGUUUAUUCGACUUCUUCAGCAACGAGGAAGCAGUAAAUCUCGUCGAGUCUUACAUCUUAAGCAAUCCUCACGGUGAUCCAGCUAAAUUUCUCAUUGAAGAAUUAGUAACAAAAGCAGCUGAUUCUGCAGGUUUCACCACGGAGGAGUUGAUGAAUGUUCCGGAUGGGAGGAGGAGAAAGUAUCACGAUGAUGUCACUGUAAUGGUGAUCAUCCUUGGGAUGAAUAAACGGACUUCAAAGGCGUCAAUUUGCAUCUAAACAGUCGCCAAGGAAAAUUUGGGUAUGAAGCUUUUCGAUAGACAGCUUAGUCAUGUAGUUUAUUCUAGAAAGUUAUGAUAUUCAAAGAUUGUACAUAUGACAAUUUUGAACUUAGAAUCAUUAGUUCCUUUGGUAUUCAAAUAUUUUGUUUUAGUGGUUCCAUUUUGCAGUAGAAAUCUAUGUUAAAUUAAAUAUAGGUUGGUUUACAGAUUAUGAUGAAUUCAAUCCAUUAUUUGCUUGCCAUAAUAAUAUAUUUGUGGAAUUCAAAUUAA